AUGAUUGACUUCGACGUCUCGCGUACUGUGGGUCUAAUGGGCAUCAGUUUGUACACGUUAGGACUUGCAUUUGGACCUGUCAUAUCAGCUCCGUUGAGUGAGAAGUAUGGUAGAAAGAUUGUAUACGUCCUCGCGCCACCAGUCUUCAUGCUAUUUACUCUCGGCGCAGGUCUCAGUAAGAGCUUUGCCAGUCUGGUCAUCUGUCGGUUCUUUGCUGGCCUUACUGGGAGUCCGGCGCUUGCAGUGGGUAGCGGUAGCAACGUGGACCUGUUUCCGCCACACAAGCGAGCCAAAAUCAUUGCUGUGUUUCUGAUGGCUCCAUUCGCUGGACCGGCUUUGGGGCCUGUUGUAGGCGGUUUCGUGGCGCAGUACAAAAGUUGGCGUUGGACGCAGUGGUGCAUGAUCUUCAUCGCAUUGACCAUAUACAUCAUGUCCCUUGCCAUGAAAGAGACAUAUAAGCCCAUUAUAUUGGCUCGUCGGGCGAAGAAGCUGGGUCUCGUUACGAAGCCUGCCAGUAGUCCUGGAGCAUCAGCGAUGAAACGCUCUCUUAUCACAAAUUUUUUCCGACCAAUACACAUGCUAGUCACAGAGCCUGUCGUCUUCUUCCUUUCCCUCUACACAGCAUUCGCUUUCGGUGUCCUCUUCCUCAUGUUCGCCGCGUUUCCCUACAUUUUUGCGCGUCCGCCAUACUCCUUCACCGUCUCUCAAUCUGGACUUGCCUUUCUCGCCAUCGGCCUCGGCGUACUCAUCGGUGGAGCGACCGGUUUGUUGAUAGAUCACAAGAUGUAUCAACCCCAAUACCGUGCAGCUUUAGCACGAGGCGAGAAGAACGCCGCGCCUGAGCACCGAUUGUACAACGCUAUGAUGGGAAGUUGGGGAAUUGUGAUAGGUCUCUUUUGGGUUGGGUGGAGUGCAGGCAAAGGAGCACAUUGGGCGAUUGUGCUUGUUGGAAGCGUGCCGUUUGCAUGGGGGAACCUGUGCGUAUUCGUGAGUGUACUGAAAGGUCUACAUUCAGAUAAGCACGAUCGGACUGACUCGGCCUUCCAGACAAGCGCAUCACUGUACAUGACAGACGUAUACGGUCCGCUCAACGGUGCGUCUGCCAUGGCGGCGAAUGGCAUCUUCAGAUAUGCUCUUGGAGCUGCAUUUCCGUUGUUUACUGUGCAGAUGUAUUCAGGCCUUGGCAUAGCGUGGGCUACGUCGCUCUUGGGUUUUUUGUCAGUGCUUAUGUUACCCAUUCCCUGGGUCUUCUACAAGUGGGGCCCGAAGAUCAGAGGGCGGAGUCGUUGUCCCGUCCCGUCAUGA